UAUAUCCAUAGUAUAAGAGUACAAGACAUGUUUUGGGUUUUUAGAUGUUUCCGUGUUUGUUUAUUUGUUCGUGGAAAAGUAGGGUUUGGGUUUGUGUUUUAAUCGAAUUGAAUCGAGUUGACUUGAAUUGAAUGGCAGAGGUGGUUGGUGAUGAUAUUAUUGAGCAAAUCCUGGCAAGAUCGGAUGUUGACGAUUUGAUGCGAUACAAAUGUAUAUGUAAGUCAUGGCUAUCUCUAAUCUCAAACCCUGUUUUCAUUAAAAAACAUCUCAGCCUUAGUCACCGCAAAGAUCGGAACAAUAAUCUAAGUAGAAGGAUUGCUAUGUUUUGGUUACCUUUUGGUUGUUUUUCUCCAUUACAUAAGUUAUCCGUAAAUAAUCCUAACUAUAUUCUUACGGUCGGUUCUGUUAACGGCCUCGUAUGCUUAAUUACUCCCGAUGUUAAACAUAUAUUUAUAGAUAAUCCUUCCAUUAGAAAUGUUAUUAAGCAGCACCUCCCGCAACAUAUCGUUUGUGACGUGUCCGUCUUAUGUGCUGGUUUCGGUUAUGAUUCCUUAACCGAUGAUUACAAGGUUAUACUAGGCUCGGAGAUGAAAAACGAUGAUAAUAGUUUUUGCAUAUGUUUCAAUUUAUUAUCAUUGAAAGCCAAUGUUUGGAAAGUUAUUCAACUACAUCAUUAUAAGUCUUAUAGUAAGUUUGGUGUUUUUUGUAACGGCGCACUUCAUUGGUUUAUGAAAGACUGUAACAACAAGGCUGUAAUUGUUUCGUUUGAUUUGUCUAAAGAAGAAUUUAAAGAAACCCCCCAACCUGAUGAUCGGCACUACGAAUGGAAACAUUAUCAUCAACUAGGUAUAAUGAACCGGUGUUUAUCCAUAUAUAAUCCUGGAAUUGUUAAGGGCAAUAACGUAUGGAUAAUGAACAACUAUGAUGAUAAACGGCCGAAUUGGGAAAUGUUGCCACGUGAUUGCGCGGCUAAUUGUCAAGUCGUACAUGUAUUGUGUCCGCCAAAAAACUACAUGGAGUAUGGGCUCGAGUAUCACAACAUAUCGUGUGAGAGUGACAAGUCGUUUCGCCAAUCUAGUUUAAAUUUUUAUACACAUGAGUAUAUAUGUUCUUUAUUAUUUGUGCAGAGCCUUGUAUCUCCCCAUAUGUUCAAGGCAAACAAUGAAUGGGAGUAAUAUAUGGGAUCUGUCAGUUUUUUUCUUAGUUUUUUAAAAUUAUUGUCUUUUAUGAUAUUGAUUUUAUAUCUGUAAUAAAUUAUGCUGUACUUAUAAUAUUGGCGUUGA